AGGCGUUGGGGCGCGGACACGCCUUGACCCCGCCCCCUCCCCCGCCCCGCCCCCGGCGCGGCCUCGCCUGACGACGGCCGCAAAGCGCUUUUUCAGCAGCCGCAAGUGAGGGGUCCGGCGCCGCCGCUGCCCGUCCGCCGGGGCCUCCGCGCCAAUGCUGGACCUGGAGGUGGUUCCCGAGCGCUCCCUGGGGAACGAGCAAUGGGAGUUCACCUUGGGAAUGCCUUUGGCUCAGGCCGUAGCGAUUCUCCAGAAGCACUGUCGUAUUAUCAAGAACGUCCAGGUUCUCUACAGCGAGCAGUCACCUCUCAGCCACGACCUCAUCCUUAACCUGACUCAGGAUGGAAUCAAACUGCUGUUUGAUGCUUUCAAUCAGAGACUUAAGGUGAUUGAAGUUUAUGACUUGACUAAGGUGAAGUUAAAAUAUUGUGGUGUCCAUUUUAACUCUCAGGCAAUUGCUCCAACCAUAGAACAAAUUGAUCAGUCGUUUGGAGCAACGCAUCCAGGAGUGUAUAAUUCAGCUGAACAGCUCUUUCACCUCAAUUUCAGAGGACUGUCGUUUUCUUUUCAGCUAGACUCCUGGACUGAAACUCCAAAGUACGAGCCUAACUUCGCGCAUGGUCUGGCUUCUCUGCAAAUUCCACAUGGUGCGACUGUGAAACGUAUGUACAUCUACAAUGGAAAUAGCCUGCAGGAUACCAAGGCUCCCUUGAUGCCACUCAGCUGUUUCCUUGGCAAUGUGUAUGCUGAGAACGUCGAUGUGCUGAGAGACGGGACUGGACCCUCAGGUUUACGGCUUCGCCUACUCACUGCAGGCUGUGGCCCGGGUGUGUUAGCUGAUGCCAAGAUGCGGGUAUUUGAGCGCUGCGUGUACUUUGGUGAUUCGUGCCAGGAUGUGCUGAGCACUCUGGGGUCCCCACACAAAGUUUUCUACAAGUCUGAAGAUAAGAUGAAAAUCCACUCACCCUCGCCCCAUAAGCAGGUCCCAUCGAAGUGCAAUGACUACUUCUUCAAUUAUUUCACACUUGGAGUGGACAUUCUCUUUGAUGCAAACACUCACAAGGUGAAGAAAUUUGUCUUGCAUACAAAUUAUCCUGGUCAUUACAACUUUAACAUCUACCAUCGCUGUGAAUUCAAGAUUCCACUAGUCAUUAAGAGAGAUAGCACUGAUUCACAGACUGAAACAUGUACAACAUACAGUAAGUGGGACAGUAUUCAGGACCUCCUGGGGCACCCCGUAGAGAAGCCAGUGGUACUUCACAGGUCAUCAUCUCCGAACAACACUAACCCAUUUGGGUCAACCUUUUGCUUUGGACUGCAACGAAUGAUCUUCGAGGUGAUGCAGAAUAAUCACAUAGCUUCUGUUACUCUGUACGGCCCAACAAGGCCCAGCAGCCAGUUGAGAACAUCGGACCUUCCCCAGUGAGCAUCCCCUGCAAAGUCAGCUAAUCUAAAUGCUACAGAAUUAGUACAGCGUGCCUUGAUUUGCUGCCACUUAUAAUACGGAAAGCACGUUAUGAUUUUUGUUUCUUUUCAAUAAGCCUUUCCACCCAGAAGUGGUGUGGAAGGAAAAUUCUCUCAACCCUUCAUCAUGGGGCGUGAAACUGUUGAUGGAGCAAAGCAACUUAGGUGCCUGUGCCGUCAUCUGUUCCUCUCAGUUGCCCUCAUCCUGUGCAGCACAGAGCUGGAGAGUGCCCCCCAUCUCCGCCAAUGGGAAGGGGGCACGGGAGGGGGACACGUAAUGACUGCAAGAGUUAGAAGCACAAACUUUCUGAGCCUUGGAGCAUCUGGAAGCAGGUAUUGAUUUUAGUCUGUUUGUGUUACUGUAUUGAUGUGGUGGUCACAUUUUAAGAAGACGUGUGCGUGUACAUAUAUAGAUAUAAAUACAUCAAUAUUUCUGUGGCUUAGGACAUUGUACCAAGUGUGACAAGGAUGUAUAUAUGUCCAUGAUUUCAGGCACCACAUCUUCGUGUAACUUUAAACCAAGCAAGUAGCAUGUGCAUAAUACUUGGUUGUAACAUUUGCACUACAUACACUUUAAUUACUUGAUAAAUGUUUAUCUUCACUGAGGAGCAUCUGUGUACUGGGCAUGAGUGGGGUGUGAUGGUUAUUUAAUGUACACUGCACAUAAGGCUUAUUUAUACAGUGGAUGAAGUUGAUCCACCUUCCUGCACUAAUACAUACUUGAUGUGCUGAACAUUUUUUUUCUGCCAUGGCUGGUUUACUGAUUUUUUAUUUUUUUUCAUAUGAGAUUUCAAAAAACACAGUUCUGGAAGAGGUUGUUUCUGUGAUCAAAUUACGUUUUAUUGACGAGGUUUGGCACAGUGUUUCUUACUCUGGAAAAAAUGGGUGAAUGCUGUUUGCAUCGCCUCAUAUCUAUCCCUUCGCAACCCCUUUUUUCCCUACUGGUUCCUCGGAGAGAGAGAGAAGUUGUAUCUAACAGCAUCUCAGACAGAAUUCCCCGAGCUCUGCCAUCACCACCAACACCUUUUCUGUCGCUUUUGAUGUACAACUUUAAGUUAUGCCAAAGGUUUAGCCAAAGACAUCCUUCUCGUUUCACCUUCCUGUACAUAGGCGCUAACCGCACACCCCACCCCAGCGGACAGAACAUAGGCUUCUUUCUAGUUGGGAGAUGCUGCUCGCAAUGUGUUAUCCCAGGAGGAUACUUUAGGCUUCUAGUUCUCUUAUCAGUCUUAUCUGGGGGAAAUAGGUGGUCUGUCUUUGAAAUAUUGAACCCUUUUUAAAAACGAACAAGAGAAAUGUAUAAUUUUAUCCCAUUUUUAAUAUUUUGGUGUAGCAACUUGUGAUACAUAGAUGACAAUUUUGUGAGUUUUACUAUGUGUGUACAGAUUUUGUAAAUAUGACAUUUUUGUAAUUUUAACUCCAUGUACAGUGUAAUCCUGUAUAGUUUAUCAAUGAAUGCGAGAUAGGAAAUCGAAUGUUAACAAGUUUUGGAUCUCGGACCAGUAGCAGGGAUAAAUGUGGUGUGUGUGUGAGAUGUUCUUUGCCAUUUAGUCUUCCUGUAUACUGUGAUAAUCUAAAAUGUUUUUGGUAAAACAAACAAACAAAAAAGCCACAUGGAGAAUCUAAUGGAUAAGGAAAAAGUUACUGUUUACCUUUAUCCCUAGGUGUCACUCCUGUUGAAUCCCUGUUCAAUCUGUGCUGUCUCCCGUGAUCAUUGCUUGCUAAGAAAAUUCUAUGCCUCAACCUUCCUUUAGUUUCCUCUCUAAUUUUAAUUUCAUUUUGCAUAGCCCUUCUGUAAAUUAAAUGGAAUAAUAAUGAGCAUGUACACUGAAAGUAAAAUAAAACGAGACUCUCAGUUACUGUUUUUGUGUUAAAUACAGUUACUGGGUGUUUUUGUAAUAAAACCAUGGAUGUUCCCGA